AUGAAGGAACGCCAUAAAAACCCCAUGGCACCAGAUCAGACUGAAGAUCUCCGAAAGGAAGUGGAACAACUGAGGAAACAGGUGGAAGAACUGUCUGUCCGUCACAGAUUUUGCUUGGGCAGAUUUGCUGCAUCAGACGAUGACAUACGGUUCUACACUAGGUUUGUGACGUACAAUCACUUGAUGGCGUUCUGGAGACUCAUUGAACCUGCAUCCCACAACAUGGUUCGUGUGACCAGAGCAAGGGCAGCUACAACUAGGAGUGAAGGUGGAGCAUCAGGCAAUGCAUCUGGUCAAUGCCUGCAGCCCAUAGAUGAGUUUUUUCUCUUCAUGGUUCAUCUCUCAGUUGGUCUGACACAAAGGGAUCUGGCUCACAGAUUUGAUAUUCAUCAGUCCACCGUGAGUCGAAUUAUAACAACCUGGGCAAAUUUUCUUUAUACCGUUCUUGGAUCAGUGCGCAUCUGGAUGUCUAAGGAGGUGGUCAAGGCUCACAUGCCAAAGGAGUUCCAGGACUAUCCAGACACACAAGUGGUGAUCGACUGCACAGAGCUGCGGUGCCAAACUCCAUCCUCUCUCCUGCUUCAAAGUGAAGUGUUCUCCUCUUAUAAAUCCCACUGCACCUUCAAGGGGUUAAUUGGCAUGGCACCACAUGGCGCAGUCACCUUUGUGUCAUCCCUGUAUGCAGGAUCCAUCAGUGACAAGGAGCUUCUCAAGCAGUCUGGGAUUGUGUCUCUGCUGAAACCUGACAUGGCUAUUAUGGUCGACAAAGGUUUUCUCGUGGACGACUGUGUGCCAUGCAAAGUCUACAGACCUGCUUACCUGUCAAAAAGAGAACAGAUGUCGGCUGAUGAGGUAAAGGAAACUCAAUCCAUUGCUCGACUGAGGGUCCAUGUUGAGCGUCUCAUCCGCAGGGUGAAACAACACAAGCUGUUUGAUACAGUCAUCCUCUUUCCAUCACAGGGAGCAUCAACCAGCUAUACACUGUUGUUUGCCUCCUUGUGA